GUCAUCUGAGUUUACGAAUUGCCAUCACGUUUCCAGCGAUUUUGUGAUUAUGUGAUAAGAAAAGCGAUUGUAGUUUAUAAAAAAUUUUACAAUAAUAUAUUAAAAAUUCAAUAAUGUGAUUGUAAAAUUAUAAAUGAUAUGAAAAUAAACAAUCAUCUAAGAAAACCUUUGUGUAAAAAUUCCUGUUAUAUCGUGCCAUGUCUUCUCCUCGAAUUGACUUUAUAAGCGGAUCGAGGCGACGAUCGCAGGACAAGCCCUUGGAGCAAGACUUGAGCCUUUGCUACGCGUAUCCGAUUAUCGAUCACGAUCGAGAAACGAACAGUGUACUCACUAACGAGAAAAGAGUGUCGCGAAUAUCGAGCAACAGAGAUACUUCAGCCGAGGAUGGAUUAUACGUUCCUGAAAACCCGUUCACCGAUAAAAUAAUCAAGCCUUAUCAGCUCGAUGACGUUCGCAAAUUGGACUACGAGUCGCGAGAGCGCUUUCGCGGGAAAAUCGUGGAGAUCGCGAUACGCGACGUUCAUAUUCACGAAGCCAGCGCGUCUUUCGAGAUCACUUCAGUGUCUAUACUGUUUAGGCAAAAGUUGAUAUGCAAGACGAGCCAUCCCUUCAAUCGGAAGCUGUGCAAAUUAUUGAUCCGAAAUGUGGAGAACCACAAUCUGUCGAUACAGGUGCACGCACAGCGUGGAGAGUCCAGCAUCCUGCCGUUACCGUUACCGCGACGUUGCGUUAAAGAUCACAAGGUGGAGGUGGAUUUCGCGAUCGGCGAUAACUCGGGUAAGAUAUAUGCCGGCACCGUCACCUGCACGGUUUCCUUGUCGAGGCAAGGCGAGGAAGAACGGAAGGAGAGCAAUGCGUAUCUCUACGCGGUCAGCAACGAUCCGAACGAUCCGCAAAACUGCCUCUCCCUGUUGAGACCGCAACGGAAACCAGCUAAAAAGAAGGAUAUCAAGUACUUCUUACUGCAAGAUCCGGCGUUGAUCUUCGACACGGAACUCGACACAGUUCGCAAGAGUCGCUCGCGAGAACACAAGCCGCCGGACAUCGUCGUGACCGAGCAGCUGGCGUUCUCCGUGUUGGACGUGUCCCUGAAGAAUCUUUUCCAAGCCAGUCGGCCGCUCAAACCGUCGUCCAGCACUCGUAGGCAUCACACCAUAGGAAAGACGAUCCUCACCGUCACCGUUUUGAGAGGAGUGGAGGUGCCAGUAAGGGAGGAAUCGGCGUCGGUCUCACCGCUUCUCGAGGUCGAGUGGGGCGACGUCAUUCACACAACGUCGGUGGCAGACGGACCUGCACCUGUCUGGCAACAGACUAUGCACUUCGAAAUGCCGCGACAAAACGGCGAACACUGCGUGAAGUUCCGCCUGUACGACCAGCAUCCGGUCUGGGGUCAACAGUGGUUGGGCGAGGCGAGAAUUCCGUUGGAACGUCACAGAAACUAUCAGGAACUCGAGCGUUGGCUCGCUCUGUCUCCCUUAUUCAGUCCGGUGCUAUUGUUCGGCUACGUGCAAGCCAGUCCUGGACAGUCGCACACCAGGAUCUACGUGUUGAUGAAGUUGGCGCAACCAGGAAACGCCAAGUCCAUGGAGAGCAACGCCAUCGACACUCUGUCCAAGGGUAUUCAACGUUGCUUAGCGAUACCUUGCAAAGUGGCCGGCGUGGAGACUCCUGACGAUGCUGCGCGACUUGCAAUGCUGUUGUCGUCGUUGCCCGUACAUUACGGCCCGGUCACACCGCGUCAGGCUUUGAACGUGAAUAAGGUGGAUCAUUAUGGUCGAGCGGCUCUCUUAGCGACGCUGCUGCAGGGUUUCGGUUUGCAUUCCUACGUGUUGUUAGGUUCUUCGCAGAUAAGCAAGUGGACCGCGUUUGUUUUAAGCCUCGAGGAAGAAGACGCUAUUUUAUGGGAUCCCGAGAUCGGUGAUCACUAUAAACUCAGUGACAGCCGCUGCUCAUUGAUGAAAGUCUCUCGCCUGAUCAAUCACUCCGGCAUAUGGGAGAACUUGCAGAAGUCCAUCCUACCUCACAAUCUCAGAUACAACGUAACGAUUAGCAAAGAUUGGCGGCCAUUCGCGCCCAUCGCCGCUACGUCGACCAGCCAUCGAUCCGUUCAGACGUUGGAACUGGCCGUUGCAGACGAGGAGGACGUGCAAGCUAAGGAGAGCGCGGCGCAAAUGGAGCAACAUUUGCGAGACGAACUGUCCGGCUGGCGCAGUGCUCUCGGUCUAACGACGGUGUUUAAUCGUCACGCAGUCGCUGUUCUGCGAGGCUUCAUUUCCAGCAUACCGAACGACGUGGGACACCAGUUGGACAAGAGGGAUCUCAAGCAGUUAUACAGGGCUUAUCACACGCAUGGUUUUCUCUUGAACCUGCGCCAGAUCAGUCUCGACGAAUUGACCAAGCAAAUAGCUGCUACGAAAGUGCGCGACAUCACGGGUCCCGUCGAAUUCGCGCUAGUUUGCCACCUGCAACGCUACGUCGGAAAAACGUGCUCCGUAUGGUUGGCUCUGGCGAUUCUCAGGAGUCGCGGUUAACGUCACUGACUGCGCAAACUCUGUGAAACAAUGUUAUUUAUAAUAUAAAGAAGAAUAAUGCGCGUAUGUAAAUAGCAGCCGUACACCUGAUAAAGUCGUCUAUGCACAAAGUCAAAAAAAAAUCUUCUCGAACUAUAGAUUAUUUUAUAUAUAUUAUGUAAAAGUAUGAAUGCUGGAUUAAUAAAUAUAAUGAAAGCAAAGCCAUCGAUAGAAUUAAAGAUGUAUUUCAUUCGUACACACGCACUCACUCACACAUACGUAUAUUCUCUCUUUCCUUUUUCUUUUCUUUUUUUUUCUCUCGUAUAUCGAAAGCUGUCUAACCUUUUCUUAAUAUUCAACCUUCGUCCGUUAUCUGCACAUUAUUAUGCUAUAAUUAUAGUAUAAUUAAUUGCAUUUAUUUGUGUAAUAUUUGCCACACGUAUUUAACGCAAUUUUUGCAGCAUGUUAGCUCGUGAUUAUUAAUUGCUUGUGUAAACUAAUGCGGUUUUCAUAAUCCUCAAAAAAUGUGUAUACAAAUAAAUAACAAUUGAAUAAAAUUAAGAUACAACGUUUGACGCUUGAUUACAAAAGUCCUCAAAAUAAAAUUACAGAAGACUCGAUACCGAAAGAAUAAUUAAAUGUAAAAA